AUGGCGGACUCACUCACCGAAGAGCAAGUCUCUGAGUUUAAGGAAGCAUUCUCCCUCUUCGACAAAGAUGGCGAUGGCGUCAUCACGAGCAAAGAAUUGGGCACGGUAAUGCGAUCCCUGGGUCAGAACCCAAGCGAGUCUGAAUUACAGGACAUGAUCAACGAGGUGGAUGCGGACAAUAAUGGGACGAUUGACUUCCCAGAGUUCCUGACGAUGAUGGCUCGCAAGAUGAAGGAUACGGACUCAGAGGAAGAGAUCCGAGAAGCUUUCAAGGUGUUCGAUCGCGACAACAACGGCUUCAUCUCCGCCGCUGAGCUGCGCCAUGUCAUGACAUCGAUCGGGGAGAAGUUGACUGAUGAUGAGGUUGACGAGAUGAUUCGGGAGGCAGAUCAAGAUGGAGACGGAAGGAUUGACUACAACGAGUUCGUCCAGCUUAUGAUGCAGAAGUAG